CGCCCUCACGCUCUGGGGUGGGGCUUCGAGGGCGAUGGCCGCCAGUGCCGCCGCCGCGGUGGUUGUGGCCGCUGCUCUGGGCGGAGGGCUGCUGCUCCUCGCCCGGCGCCUCUGGCCGGCGGCGGGGAAGGGCAGCGCUACGGCCGCCGCCGCCGCCCUUGCCUUGUGCCGGAUGGAGGGCAAGACGGUGAUCAUCACGGGCGCCAACAGCGGCCUGGGGCGGGCGGCGGCGGCCGAGCUGCUGAGGCGCCGCGCGAGGGUCAUCAUGGCCUGCCGGGACCCGGCGCGCGCCGAGGAGGCGGCCCGGGAGCUGCGCGCCGAGAUGGGCCUGAGCUCGCGGGAAAGAGGAGGAGGCCGAGGGGAGCUGGUGGUGCGCGAGCUGGACUUGGCCUCGCUGGGGUCCGUGCGCCGCUUCUGCCAGCAGGUGCUGCAGGAAGAGUCUAGGUUGGAUGUCCUGAUCAACAACGCAGGGAUAUUCCAGUGUCCCUAUAUGAAGACAGAGGACGGCUUUGAGAUGCAGUUUGGCGUCAACCACUUGGGGCACUUCUUGCUCACAAACCUCCUCCUUGGACUUCUGAAAAGCUCUGCGCCCAGCAGGAUUGUGGUGGUUUCCUCCAAGCUUUACAAAUACGGCGAGAUCAACUUUGAUGACUUGAACAGUGAGCUAAAUUACAAUAAAAGCUUUGCUUAUAGCCGGAGUAAACUGGCCAACAUCCUGUUCACUAGGGAAUUAGCCCGUCGCUUAGAGAACACAGGGGUCACGGUCAAUGUGCUGCAUCCCGGUAUUGUCAGAACAAAUCUAGGCAGACAUAUACAUAUCCCUUUGCUAGCCAAGCCCCUCUUCAAUUUGGUAUCUUGGGCUUUCUUCAAAACCCCUCUGGAAGGAGCCCAGACCUCAAUUUAUCUGGCCUCCUCCCCCGAAGUAGAAGGUGUAUCUGGGAAAUAUUUUGGAAACUGCAAGGAGGAACAACUCUUGCCCAAUGCCAUGGAUGAUUUGGUUGCAAGGAAACUAUGGGAUAUCAGUGAAGUGAUGGUGGGGCUAUUAAAAUAAAGGUCAAGGAGAAGCACUGCAUCAAAGUAGUGUCAAUAGAUAGUCUUUCAGAAUUUACAGUUUCUUGCUUCUGUUCUCUUGCCUCAUUGCAACAGAUGGAGCCCAAGUUAUUUUGCGUCUCUGGCUGGGAUUUACCACAAUCGAUGCAGACUCUGUUUGUUUGUUUUUAAAGAGAAAAUAUCAGAAUAAAUUAAUAUUUAAAGAAAAUAAUUAGAGGUGAAGGAGGUUUUUGUAUAUUUCAGGCUGAAGGGAGAUUUUUGCUGUUCUGCAAACAAAACGGAAAGAUGUCUGCUUUCGUAGGUGUUUACUGAUCGUUCAGUGCUUUAUAUCUGAAUUAGCUGUGCAUGGUACUGUAUUUGAAAUAUGUGACAGCUCCAUUUUUGUGCUCCAAAAAGGAAUUCCAAGAAUAUAAGACAGAGAGAAGUUGCCUGUGAAUCGCUCAAGUUGAUAUGUAUUGUUCUGCUUUGGUGAGGAAACCCAGCUGAAAACAGCUUGGCAUGAUGUAAUAGUACCAUCGUAUACUGGUUAUCUAUUGACAUCUCUAGGAACAGUAUCCCAGACACAGCUGAUAGCAUAUUUCAGUCAAAAUUGAUGUAUGCGUAACAAUGGAUUGCAUCUUUGAUGUUGUCUGACUUUGCAAAGCAGUUCUUGCGUUAUUGCACUCCUCCACCACCUCAACUAGAACCUCUUACUUCAGGUAUGCUUCUUUGGCUAGCAGCACCUGACAGAUCACAUUUAGUCAAACCUUUUAAGUUUAGUGUAUGGCACAGGUGAAACUUACUGCUUUGAAUAUGCUUACCAAGUCCCGAUCCACAACUGACUUUCUGUUUGUUAUAUUUGCACACCUGAAAUAGAUACAUGGUUCUUCCAGAAUCAGUAAGCCAUGACGUGCACUUCUUAGCUGAGAUUGUUCUCCUUAGUCCAGGUGUUUGUUAAGAAAGUUUCACUUAUAUCCAUGGAACAUUAUAAUAUAAUACUGUACAGUGUUUUGCACGGAUUCACGUACAUCGAUUUUAUGUCCUUGGAGUUAUUUUGAGUGAUUUAUACUAACAAAAUAUGAAUGGGGCAUCGCAUGGAAUCACAAACUAGAAUCUCAGAGCAAAUCACAAGAGUUGGCAGUGGCACACAAAUCAUUGUUCAUAAAGUACAAUCCAUAAACGACCAGAUUCCCACCUGUAAUUGAUUAAUGCCAGUGUACUUGCAUUAAUGGCGAAUUGUGAUCUAAGCUGCUGUAGCCCACUUGGCAAUUUAAUGCUUUUACAAACUACAGGCCAAACACAGUGAUUCUGAGCUUGUUCCUUAGAAGGAAACGUAUCUCGGAUUGAAGUGUAAAUUGGCUGGAGUGGUUUCUGGGUCUCUGUCCCGGGAUGCAGCCUAUGUCUUCCUGAGUCAUUGGACUAAUAAACUGCCAUCUAAGUUAGCACUACUAUACAAGGACACUGACUCACAUUUUAUAUACAUGUGCACGGAUACAGAACACCCACCCUCGCCAUCGGUCUAAACUUGUCUUGAAUUAACACCCACCAUAAAUUUUCAUAUAGAUUCUCUGCCAUGCAGAGUCGUUUUUCACAGUAUUUAGGGUUGAGUUUAAUUACCUAAAUGUGCCUCCUUUUGUUGUACAUAAAUAAAGAUAUAUCUUAAACAAACACAUAGCAAAGUUAUCUGUGUGCAUCAUUGUUUUGUUUCCUUAUUUAAAUUAGAAGCUUUGAAAUGCUUAAUCUACGUUUGUGAGGGUGGCGGGUAAGAGGGAGAGAGCACCAAGUGCCAGCAUAAAAGAGGAGACGCAUUUAAGAAACAAGCCAAAAGUUAGAAAACUGACAAGAGCUUUCCAAGCCUCUUUCCAACAAAGGUACAAAGUGAUGGGAUGCUACUUCUGAACAUGUUUGUAAUGUCCGUAAAGGCUAAAUUGGCAAGAAAAGACAUUUGCCCUGUCUGAAACCCUAGACCACCUUUUAUGAGAAUGAACCUCAAUGAGCUUAGUGGGACUUCUGUUUGAGGAGGCGUCUACAGGAUUGUACUGUCUUUAGCACACUUAACAAGGGAGGAGGCUGCAAUCCUAGCCAUGAUUCUUGGAGUAAGUCCCAUUUAACACAAUGGGAUUUACUACUAAGCACAAUGUUGGUAUUCCUAACAGCACAAUAUCCUUCAAAAAUAAACCCCACAGUUCAGGGACCCUCGCAAUGCAAUCCUAUGGCUUGUCUACUCAGGAGUAUGCAGAGGAUUCUGCUACAAGGGCCACCGAACUCAGUGGGAUUUGUUUUUGAAGAAGGAUGUUUAGUAUUGUGCUGCAAGUAUCCUUAUAUGCUGGAUUCUAAAUACGUAGAAUUAUACCUGUGCUUGGGUAUACACAUUAAAUCCUUCCAGUGUUAUGCUUCUUGAAGGAGUAUUUUUACUCUGAGUGACAGUUGUAACAGGUCACUGGUUACGCUCAAGAGUGUGUGUGUGUGUGUGUAUGUAUGAAUCACACUCCAAAACGUUUUUUUUCAGGGAACUAUUCAAGCCAUUUAAAGAAGCCGUCACCAAUAGACCGUACAAUUGCUUCUGCAAAAUAAGUCCCCAGUUUGGGCAGUUAUUGCUGCAGCAUGGUUGGAGGGUGGCAUAAUGAUGAUGAUGAUUUAUACUCCGCCCUCCCCGGUCAAGACAGGGCUCAGGGCGGCUAAAACCGAAUAUAAAUACAGUAAAAACAUUUUUUUUAAAAAACACCACACCAAACAAACAGUUGAUUAAAAUAUAAGUUAGAAUACAGCUUAAAAUGCAGCCUCAUUUUAUUGGUAGCCUAUAGAUCAAAGCCGUAAGGGGAGAAAACGUCAAAUAUUCACCGGGGCCAACUAUCCAUGCUGGUCCUACAUGGGAUCAGCCAAGGGAAAAUUUAUAUACAAAAUCCCAUAUGAGGGGUUCCAUCAAAAUAAUAAUAAUAAUAGACAAGAUGCCACCAUAUUCAAACAUUGAGGCUGGCCCUAGUACCAUGACAGAAGGAGGGCUGUGAUUGUGUGGUGGGCCUAGACAAUCCAGAGAUAUGAAAUUGAGAGCUAAGAACAACUGGAAAACUUGCCGUUGAAAUGGUGUAUUACAUGAGGCUUAUAGCGGGCUGGUAUGAGUGAGUGCAUAUGCAUUAUUUUUUAUGCAUUUAAGAUUUUUAGCCUACUCUCCAUUGCAACUGAUUCUGGGGUUGGGGUGCAGUACCAUGAAUUAAAACCACAAUACAGUAUUGUAAAAAGGGCAGAAAAAAGCACCAGCGAUAAUAGGAAAAGCUGACCUGAGCAUUAAUGCCCUGCAAUGGCCUGCUCCAAAAAAUAGGUCCCCCAUUGGCACCAGAAACUUGCAUGUCUCGGAUGGGAGGGUAUGGCAUAUUUGGGGCAUCACUGUUGGCAUGCAGUCCCCAACCAUAUCCCUCUGAAAUUAUGUCUGCAUUUCAGGAGGGAAGAUUGCCAACCCCUAUAAUAAACCUUUUUUGAAGUCAUUUAUGCCGGGAUGCCAUUGACUUCUGAAUAACUGAUUUGGAGAAGUUUUAGUUCUAGGGGCAGAUAGACUUGGUUCUUUUAUAUGUGCGUUUUCCAUUCAUGAUGAUGUAUACAUGGGAAUAAGUGUUGAAAUAAUGGGAUUUGCUUCUAAGUAUAAUAGGCUUAGAACCGGGGUGUUGGGAAAUGAGUUGAUUUCCCAGUUGAACAACCUUGAUACUUUUUCCAUUUAAGGUGAUUGGAAAGGGAGGAGGUUUAAACUGCAAAUGUAUUUUUUUAAAAAUACCUUGUUCUUUGCUUUUCACAUAAGGCCCCCUUCCCCGGCCUAAUCUUAUAGGCAUUCUUCACCUGGCAAAACAGUCCAGGAGACCUAGACAGAAUAUUAUUUUUGAGAAUGGAGCUGUUGUUUUUCUGUAGCAGAAAAUGGCCCCGUUCCAUCUCCUCUCCCAGCAACCACCAGCACCUUCGUGUCUGCUGUGACUGGCCUAAGAUCUAAGAACUUAAAUGAAUAUUGACUCGAUUCCAAGUAUCCUAAACACCAUCCAGGAAAAGGAAAAGAAAAAAAAACUUGUUACUGAUCAUUCUUCAAAAGGUAA